AUGACAGCCCCGAGGGCGGGCCUCUGCGGCCCCCGCACCCCGGCUUCCGAGCCCACCUUCCUUCCCACCGCCAGGACCCCGGCUUCGGCUGUCCCUUCCGCCCGCCCGCGGGCUUCGACGGUGCGGACGACCCUCGCCCCCGCGCCGCGCGCCCCACGGCCAGCCACUCUCACCCCGCGCGCGCUCCGCUCGCCUCUUCGCACUGCCCAGCCCCCUACAGCCUCCUCUUCCAAUGAGAGCCGGGCGCCCCUGCUUGGAUUCGCCAAUGAGAGAGGAAGCAGCAUACGACGCAGACUAACUAGCCAAUCCAAAGUCUCCAUCCUCCCGAGGGGGGCGGGGUGUGCCUGGGCGGGCCCUCACUGCCGAUUGGUGUCGGGCCGCGGAGUGGCCGGGGAGGUGCCACUGCGUGGAUUGAACAGCUCAGCGUUGGGGCGGGUCCCGGGUGCCGAUUGGCCCGCUCUCCCGGACGGGCGUGGCGAUUGGACGCGGCCGUUGUCAUCCACGCGGGCGGGGCGGGGCGGGGCUCCUGACGGGGCGAGGGCCCGGGCCUCGGGCGAGCGCUGUGGCGGCGUCAUGUCCUCCGAGGUGGCCGCGCGCCGCGACGCCAAGAAGCUGGUGCGCUCCCCCAGCGGCCUGCGCAUGGUGCCCGAGCACCGCGCCUUUGGCAGCCCCUUCGGCCUGGAGGAGCCGCAGUGGGUCCCGGAUAAGGAGUGCCCGAGGUGCAUGCAGUGUGACGCGAAGUUUGACUUCCUGACCAGAAAGCACCACUGUCGCCGGUGUGGGAAGUGCUUCUGUGACAAGUGUUGUGGCCAGAAGGUGCCGCUGCGGCGCAUGUGUUUCGUGGACCCUGUGCGGCAGUGCGCCGAGUGCGCCCUGGUGUCGCACAAGGAGGCGGAGUUCUACGACAAGCAGCUCAAGGUGCUCCUGAGUGGAGCUACUUUCUCUAACUUUUGGAACUCUGAGAAGCCAGAAACCAUGGUUUGUCGUCUCUCCAACAACCAGAGGUACUUGCUUCUGGAUGGGGACAGCCGCCACGAGAUUGACAUUGCGCACAUUUCGACUGUGCAGAUCCUCACGGAAGGCUUUCCGCCCGGAGAAAAAGACACUCACACUUACACCAGCCUCCUGGGGAGCCAGCCCGCCUCUGAAGGAGGCAACGCACGGGCCACGGGCAUGUCCCUGCGGUUUGCAGCACCGGGGGCGGAGGGCCCGACGCAGCUGAAGCUGACGGCCGGGGAGGACGCACACGCCAGCAGGAGGCAGUCGACGGCGUGGCUGGCGGCCAUGCACAAGGCCACCAAGCUCCUCUACGAGUCGAGGGACCAGUGACUCCAUGCGGGACGGACCGUCAGCAGGGGACCGUGGAGCCAGCUCUGCACACACAGGCAACUAACCCCACACGUGCUGGGAAACGCAAGUCGAGCGUUUGGAGAAACGGAUCCUAGUGCGAUAUGCACAGCUCGUUAACACUCUAAACAGCUUCGUGCUUUAGAGUUUGUGCACUAUCCUGUCGACACUUAAUUGGAGGUGGGAGAGACUCAGCUACACUACUCACUACUGCUGAACUAUUUGUAGCGUCACUUCAACCAUGUUUUUAUGGGUGCCCAGGUUUGCUAGAAGGUUCUGGCCCCUCAGUGUUCACUCUUGCAGAGUAAUGAUUUGGGCAGUGGGAAGUCGGGCCCGAUCUGUUUGGGAUCCUGGUUUCUAGUGCGUCGGUUUACGGUCUCCCUGAGCCCGUUUUAUAGACUCUCCACUUACCGCAUCACUAAUCUGGGCUAUGAACAAACCUUUGACACUUCACUGAGGGGGAGAAGCCGGCUUUGCUUUUUGUAUUUUCACUUACUAUUUCCCUUUAUUAAAAUAAUUGUACAACAAUUUGUAUAUAAAGCUUAUGAUUAAAACUUAUUUUGAAACUAA